AUGGCCUCGGUUGAUGGCGAAGCUGCCGGGCGCGAAGAGCGUCUUAAAUCCGCUCUGUGGUACUCAAUCGGCCAGUUCGUUGACGAUGCCCUCCUCGCAGACGAUCUGAACGCAACACCGCAGUUCAUCGGCGCACUGACCGAGCUGGUAUACACACAGAUCGCUAACACAUCCCGCGACCUCGAGACCUUCUCCCGUCACGCCGGCCGCAAGGCUAUCAACACCGACGACGUCAUGUUGCUUACGCGCCGCAACGAAGCUCUCGAAGACAUGCUACGGCAAGAGCUGGAUCGUCUGAAGGCUGCCGAGGGCCGUGGAGAGCCACAGCACAACGUCACAAAGGGCAAGAAGAGAGGGAGGCCUGUCGGUGGAGCAAAGGGGAAGGGAAAGGCUUAG